AUGGCAGCUGAUCUUAAUCAACGUAUGCAAGGUUUGGGCAUGAAUGAAUCUGUUCACGCCGAAGCCGCGCCUUCUUCGGGGGCCUCUAACCAUUCCUCUGGAAGUGGCGAACAGAAGAGGGCCGCCUAUAUUCCUCCGCACAUGAGGAACGCUCAUAGAGCACCAGCUGCUGCUCCCCCUUCUGGUCCUACUGCAGUGCAAAACGGCGCUGCUAAUGGUGUCCAGGGAUCAAGAUGGAGUGCUGAUGCCCCUCCUGCUCGAGCUCCUCAAGCUAAUGGCUGGGCCAACGCACCCACUUUCACUCCCAGUGCCGCAGCUUCUACUGGUGGUAGCGGAUGGGAUGUUCCCCCGCCUCGUCCUCAACGUUCUUUCGACCCGAAUGGAUAUGGUGCCCCGACCGGAAGGAGCGGUGGCUCCGGAGACGGGCGCUGGGUCGAUGGAAAACACAUUCCUGGUCCUGCAAACCAACGUUUAGAACGGGAACUGUUCGGUGUACCUAACGACCCAACCAAACAGAAUAUUGGGAUCAAUUUCGAAAAGUACGAUGACAUUCCUGUAGAAGCAUCUGGUCACGAUGUUCCCGAGCCGGUUACUACAUUUACAAGUCCCCCGCUAGAUACCCAUCUCUUGGGCAAUAUCGAUUUGGCGCAUUACAAGAACCCUACUCCUGUGCAGAAGUAUUCAAUUCCUAUUGUCAUGGGUGGUAGAGAUUUAAUGGCUUGUGCUCAAACUGGCUCUGGAAAGACUGGUGGUUUCUUGUUCCCUAUCCUUUCGCAAUCCUUUUUGCAAGGUCCAUCGGCUCCCCCGGCCAACGCCGCUGCUUACGGUGGUUACGGACGCCAGCGUAAAGCCUACCCUACAGCGCUUAUCUUGGCGCCGACCCGCGAGCUUGUCUCUCAAAUCUACGAAGAAUCUCGCAAGUUUGCCUACCGUUCAUGGGUUAGACCCUGUGUCGUCUAUGGUGGUGCCGACAUCGUCUCCCAAUUACGACUGAUUGAGCGCGGCUGUGAUCUCCUCGUCGCAACCCCUGGCCGUCUUGUUGACUUGAUUGAACGUGGACGUAUCUCGCUCGCCAAUAUUAAAUAUCUCGUGCUUGACGAGGCUGAUCGUAUGCUGGAUAUGGGUUUCGAACCCCAAAUUCGUCGUAUCGUUGAGGGCGAGGACAUGCCUAAAACAGACGCUCGCCAAACUCUCAUGUUUUCGGCCACUUUCCCAAGGGAUAUCCAGAUGCUUGCUAGAGAUUUCUUGAAGGAUUACAUCUUCCUUUCGGUCGGUCGUGUCGGUUCAACCUCCGAAAACAUCACCCAAAAGGUUGAGUAUGUUGAAGACCAAGACAAGCGUUCCGUUCUUUUGGACAUUCUUCACACCCACAGCGGUGGUCUCACUCUUAUUUUUGUAGAGACUAAGCGUAUGGCCGAUUCUUUGAGUGAUUUCCUUCUUAACCAGAAUUUCCCGGCAACUUCCAUUCACGGAGACCGCACUCAACGCGAACGUGAGCGUGCUCUGGAAAUGUUCCGAACUGGUCGCUGCCCGGUGCUCGUUGCCACUGCUGUUGCCGCCAGAGGUCUCGAUAUUCCCAAUGUCACCCACGUUGUUAACUAUGAUCUCCCCACCGAUAUCGACGAUUAUGUCCACCGCAUUGGUCGUACUGGUCGUGCCGGUAACACCGGUAUUUCCACCGCGUUCUUCAACCGUGGCAACCGUGGUGUUGUGAGGGACCUUAUCGAGCUCCUAAAGGAAGCCAACCAAGAGGUCCCUUCAUUUUUGGAGACCAUCGCUAGAGAAAGUGGAUUCAGUGGUGGUGGGCGUGGCGGCGGUGGAAGAUCUUCCGGUGGUGGCAGGGGAAGGGGUGGUGCUACCCGCGAUUUCAGGAAAUACGGUGGUGGUGGUUCUGGUGGAGGUUUUGGUGGGUCUGGUGGCCCUCCUAGCGGAGGGUACGGGGGCGGAUACUCUAAUGGCGGAGGUGCUAGUGGUAGUGGCGGUGGUGGUUACAGUUCCGGCGGAUACGGCGGUGGUGGCGGUGGAGGAGGAUAUGGAAACCCUAGUGGAGGGAACUCUUGGUGGUAA